AUCACAUGGCUGAUGUUGAUUCCAUAGUACACUCUCUACUUAACGCUGAAACUUGUGCGCUGCUUCCAGCUCACCCUCUUGUCCCCUUCCCCUUCUUAGUUCUUCCUCCCCCCAUUUAUACUUCCAAGGAAGAACCCAAUCCAAGCUUCUUCCAUGGCGGCUCCUCCCCCUCUCUGUUUCUCAUACAUUCUCCUCCUCUUCUCUGUUUCCGCCAUUGUCGACGCCAACACCAACUCCAUCACUCUCCCUCUCUCCGCCUUCCCCCACCCUUCUUCCUCAGAUCCACUCCAAAAUCUCAAUUUCCUCGCCUCUGCUUCCCAGAACAGAGCCCAUCAAAUCAAAACCCCAAAAUCCAACUCCGUUUCCAAAUCCCCUCUCUCCCCCCAUAGCUAUGGAGCUUACUCUGCUCCACUCAGCUUCGGUACCCCACCCCAGACUCUCCAUUUGAUAUUUGAUACAGGUAGCAGCCUCGUUUGGUUUCCUUGUACUUCCAAAUAUCUCUGUUCCCAAUGUUCGUUUCCCAAAAUAGAUCCUCUCCGAAUCCCCAGAUUUGUCCCCAAAUUGUCCUCUUCCUCCAAGCUUGUCGGCUGCCAGAAUCCAAAAUGUGCUUGGGUUUUCGGCCCUGACGUGAAGUCUCAGUGCCGGAAUUGUAACCUGAAAACAGAGAAUUGUACCCAAACAUGUCCUGCUUAUGUUGUUCAGUAUGGCUCUGGUUCCACGGCCGGGCUUUUGCUAUCGGAGACGCUGGAUUUUCCCGAUCAAAAAAUCCCCAAUUUCGUUGUGGGGUGUUCGUUUCUUUCGAUUCAUCAGCCCUCUGGAAUCGCUGGAUUCGGCCGAGGAUCCGAAUCGCUUCCGUCGCAAAUGGGUCUGAAGAAAUUUGCCUACUGUCUCGCGUCUCGGAAAUUCGACGACUCGCCGCAUUCCGGCGAGCUGAUUCUGGAUUCCGGCGGGGCAAAGACCGGCGAUCUCACCUACACGCCGUUCCGCCAGAAUCCCUCUGUAUCUAACCAUGCUUAUAAGGAAUACUAUUACUUAUCAAUACGGAAAAUCCUCGUCGGUAACCAGGACGUGAAGGUACCGUACAAGUAUCUAGUGCCGGGAUCCGACGGCAGCGGUGGAUCUAUCAUUGAUUCCGGCUCUACCUUCACGUUUAUGGACAAACCAGUGUUCGAAGCCGUGGCGGAAGCGUUCGAGAAGCAGUUAGCGAAUCGGACGAGAGCCACCGACGUGGAAUCCGCCACCGGAUUGCUGCCAUGUUUUGACAUUUCCAAGGAGAAAUCGGUGGAGUUUCCGGAGUUGAUAUUCCAGUUUAAAGGCGGAGCGAAAUGGGCACUGCCAUUAAAUAACUACUUCGCUUUGGUUAGUAGCUCCGGCGUUGCGUGUUUGACGGUUGUAACGCACAAGGAUGCGGCGGGCGGCGGCAGUGGGCCGUCCGUGAUUUUGGGGGCUUUUCAGCAGCAAAAUUUCUAUGUGGAAUAUGAUUUGGUGAAUGAAAGAUUAGGAUUUCGGCAACAGACUUGCAGUUAGAAGCGGCGUGGAUUCAGUAUAGUAUGCUGUUGUUAUGUUUGUAGCUUUCGGUGGUCGGCGGCUGGCAUAUUCACCGGAGCUACGACGUUGGUUUAAAUUUAACAAUUCAAAAUCAUAUUUUUCCCCCCUUUGUUGUAAUAAUUACUGGAUGAUAUUGUAAUCAAAUGUGUCAUAUUUGAUCAUCAAAGGAAGAAAAUAGAGUAAAUAAAUGUCGGAAAAGGUGUAUUAAAUAAAAAAGGAGAGAGUGGGGUGGUUGAUAAUGAAAUUAGUUGGGGGAAGACGACAUGUGAUUAUGAAAUUGAGUGCCAACACCCAAAAUUGAGUCACACCCACAUGCUUGUGGCUAAAUGGAAACUUUUCUCCUA